AAGAUUCUAAUUAACAUGCAAAAUUGUUUCCCCCUCUUUUUCCAGAUAACUCCCAUGGGUAAAAAGCGUGUUUUAGCCAAUGCCAAUAUAAAUAUGCGUAAAUAUGCCAGUAUUGAGUCAACGCAACAAAGUUUUACGUUAAGUCUAAAACCGGUAUCACGUAAAGUGACAGCAGCCGAAUUAGAAUUGACCAUAAGUUGUGUAUUUUUACGUGAAGGCAAAGCUACCGAUGAAGACAUGCAAAGUGUGGUUUCCUUAAUGUCGGUCAAUAAUAACUGUGAUGUAGCACCAUUAGAUGAUUUAGAAGAUAUACCAGAUUUGGAAAAUUCUGCUGAUAUAUCCGAUCAUUUGUAUGAUUUUACUCAACAAUUGGAACAAAUGACUACAAGUCUAAAUGGUUGCAUGGAUUUACCCACGCCUUUGAGUGGUAAGUUUUUUGUUUUUAUCUCUAGAGUAUUUUAUUAUUAUUUAAUUGUUUAUUUUUGUUUAUAAAUGUUGCAAUUAUAA